CCGGCCCCCGCACCGCCGCUCCCCGCCGCAGGCUCCGUCGGGCCGGACUGGCGGAGCAGCCCCGAAGUUUGCGGGGCGGCGGGCGCGGGGCCAUGUGGCUGCUGUGGCUGCUGCUGGGCUCGGCGGCCAACUGUUGCCUGGGAAUAACUUCACGAAUGAAUGCAACAUUCCUGGAAACUUCAUGUGCAGCAAUGGACGCUGUAUCCCAGGGGCCUGGCAGUGUGAUGGGCUGCCAGACUGCUUUGACGAUAGUGAUGAGAAGGAAUGCCCAAAAGCCAAAUCCAAAUGUGGUGCCACGUUCUUCCCCUGCGCCAGCGGGAUCCACUGCAUCAUUGGCCGCUUCCGGUGCAACGGCUUCGAGGACUGUCCCGACGGCAGCGAUGAGGAGAACUGCACAGCAAAUCCCUUGCUUUGCUCUACUGCCCGAUUCCACUGUAAAAAUGGUCUUUGCAUUGAUAAAAGCUUUGUGUGCGACAGUCAAAAUAACUGCCAAGACAACAGCGAUGAAGAAAGCUGUGAAAGCCCUCAAGAGGCAGGGAGCGGCCAGGAUUAUGUGACUUCUGAAAACCAGCUGCUUUACUACCCGAGCAUUACCUACGCCAUCAUUGGCAGCUCUGUCAUUUUUGUGCUCGUGGUGGCCUUCCUGGCCUUGGUGCUGCACCACCAGCGCAAGCGCAACAAUCUGAUGACGCUGCCGGUGCACCGCCUGCAGCACCCCGUGCUGCUGUCCCGCCUGGUGGUCCUCGACCACCCGCACCACUGCAGCGUCACCUACAAUGUCAACAACGGCAUCCAGUACAUGGCCAGCCAACCCUACCCCAGGCCAGGGGAGCUGGACUCCCCGCCGUCCUAUUCAGAGGCCGUGCUCGACCAAAGCAGACCACCUUGGUUUGACCUUCCUCCACCACCUUACUAUUCUGAAUCUGAAUCCCCUAAUCAGGCAGACCUUCCUCCUUACCGCUCUCGGUCGGGAAGCUUGGCCAGCACAGACAGCCCCGUGGCAGAAAGUCCUGUGGGCACAUCUGACAACUGGACAGGAGACGUCCAUGGCAGCGUGGAUGGGCACAGAACUCUGCUGGAGAGGACGGUAGAUCAGAGUGAUCCUCUGGUCAGCCACACUGCUGAAAGAGAAGUGUAACUGCUCUAGUAACAGAACUGUAACAGAGUUCUGCUCUAGUUCUGCUGAGAGUUCUGUAACUGCUCUAGUAGUUGAGAUGGCCAGAAGGCAUUUACUGUGUCUGUGUGGAUUAAUCUGCUGUGGCUAAUAGGUUUCAGGGGAACGUGUACCUGAAUGAUGACUUGCUUUGAGUUCACACUGAGUUAAUAUUUGAAUUCCACGUUUUGGGCUCAUCGAAGGCAGAGCAAGGAGAGCUAAACGUAGAGUCACGUCAGCUCUCCACAGUAUUUCUGUGAGCAAGUUCUGGUUCAGAAAACUAAGAGAAACAUCAGUGCUUUGUCAAAAGAACUGAUGUGCUGUAUUUAUUGGACUGUUUACUGUGUAUGAAUGUAUAUAUGUGUGUGUAUAAUAUUUACAGAAGUUGCACAGGAGAACUGUGCCAGAAAGACUCUUGUUUUCAGACUGCCUUCUAUCCUCUCAACGUGGGAGCUGUUUCUUCUUACUGUCUGGUGCCAACUGGUGGUCACUGAAGCACAUGAGAGGCACUCAUGCUGCUUGGAGGUCUGGUGCCCAAUGCCAGUCUCCUGUCAGUGCCCAAACUGCAGAAAAUCUCCUAUUGGCCCAUCUCUGCGUGGCCUGGAACGUUCUCACUGUGAAGGAGGUUUAAGUUUGUGAGGAUGCAACAGCUCUAAGUCAGGUUUUUUUUCCCCAGAUGCCAGUAUCUAGGCCAAAUUUGCAUGGGUUGUCUCAGCAACACCACAAGGGUUGGUUUAUCUGUCAAAUGUCAAGGCUGAGUACAGAGGCACUGAAGCUUCUCAAAACAACAGGGCAGGGCUUCUUUUCCUGUGUGGCAUAACAUUACUCCAUGUAUUCCCUUUUAAAAAAAACCCACAACUGAACAACAAAACAAAUCCCCAAAUUGUUCCAGCAAAAGUUUCAACACCAAAACUGCUAUAAGGCAAACACCCAGCACAGAAAGCUUUAAUGUAGCUUGCUACAUUAGUAGUUUGCUAUAUUUGUAAAACACCUGAAAGUAGGUCAUGCAGUGAAAGGUGUGGGCUUGGCAUCCCAUCUACAGCAUGUGUGUGAACAGGCAUGGAUACCUACCUGUGUGUAGGUAUGUACAGAGUGUAUCACUUGGGUUUAGUUCUGCUAUACCACAAGAACUCUAAUGUUAAAGUUUUGUUUUUGAUAAGCUCAUUGGUUUUCACAGGGUUUGCAUUAUUCACAUUCAUUUGGUUGAAAUUGUAACUUCUGCAGCAGAACAAUUUAUAUCUGCUCUGUCAUAAGUCUUGUAAUGGUCUCCUGUCAAAUGUGUUUCAGUGCACCUUGUUGAAUCACCAUGUGAAAGCACCUCUGAGGUUAAAGGUAUUUAGAGAGGCAAGAGGGAAGAAGCUGUGAAUUUAAAUGCCACUGCAGUGCUGUACUUGUGCUCAGUGUACAGAAAGCAGUGCAGUGUCUUCCUCUUGUCUGGAGGGAAAUUUGCCUUGAAAAAUUAUUUGUGUUUGUUUAUCCCACAUUUCCCACUCUUUCUAUGUAAAAAAGAAUAGUGUCAUUAAACAGACUUUGCUGUUUAAAGGAAGUGAAGGAAGCUGACUGCCCAUAUCUUCUGCUUUCUUCCUCCCCAUCUUUGUAAGGUAGAUUCUUUUGUCCAAAGGUUAUAUGCUCAGAGCCCAAGAAUUUGGAGUGUCGGUGAGGCAACAACUCAAGUUCAGUCUCAAUUCUUACAAAUACACCUGAUUUUUCAGGGAGGGAGUUAGGGUGUUGUUUAUUGGGUUGGUGGUUUUUUUUUUUUUUUUUUCACUUCCAGCUUUGGAGUCUGUUGCCACAGUAUGCAAGAGGCAGGGACCAGAUAGAUUUACAAGCACAGGUCAUUCCAGGACUGAGGACAUGGUGGGGAGUCCUGGAGAAUUCUAAUGCUGAUGGGCUAGGCUGACUUUGGAAGCAGAUUAGGGGCAGCUUUCAUUACAGGCUUAGGCAGCCUGUGGUGAAGUGCAUUGGUGAAGAUGCUCCUAAGUCCUUGCAAAGUAAUGUACAAGAGUGGCUCAGAUUUCAUCCUUGCUGAGAACUCAAGCAAUGUAAUUAUGCUGUCCUGCACAAAGCGGGAUUUAGCUUUAUUACUGACUGACCAAGGUCAUAGGCAGGCUGUUGUCAUUGCACAGAGCAGACAGCUAUUCUUUAUUUUACAGGUAGAUCAGCCUCAAGUAUGUGAAUGAGUUAAUAGUACAGAUGGGUGCAGGGACAUCUCCAGUGGACCCUGCUGUCCCUCUUGCCUUUCAAUGAGGUUCUGCUUGGCCUCUGUAAGAGAGGUGUGUUAUGCUGUAUCAGAAUUAACCUUAAUGGUUUUCUGUUACAGUUUUAUAAACUUUAUAUUCGCCUUGAAAACACACUAUUGAAGAGUUUGCAGUAGUUUCAUUGUAAUUAGGUAUCUUUUUUAUUUUAAAGUUGCCUAAAGCUGUAUUAGUGAAACUAAAUCUUUGUGUCCACUACCCCUCAAACAAGCCUUCCACAGGGGAUUGCAUUUCACCAUGUGUAUUCUAAGAUACCAGAGGGUGUGCAGCCCAAAUACUGUGUACCAAUGGCAUCUGAAAAACGUUGCCUCACAUUGCUAAGAAGUAGGAAAAGAGUGAAUAUAGUCUGUUUCUUCUGUCUUGUGUCAGUCACUGUCAUAUAUGUACAUAUAUAUAUUAAAAAAGAGAUACUCUUUCAGGAUGUAUAUAUUCACGUAACUUUUGCAUUAAGAUAAUCCAUUUGGACUUUACCAAAAAAGAAGAAAAAACGUUCUUAAUGGUGUCAUGUUUUCCCUUCCAGCUAAGGGUGUAUAGGAAACUUUAUAUAGGAAUUGUCUAGUUUUUGAGAACACAACUUAAAAGGAGAUUGUGCCUUUCUGUUUGAAUGUUGAUUGGAAAAGCUGUUACCUGCAUUUCUAGGUGUUAUAUAUCAUUGUCUAGAGAUCCAGAAAGAGCAACAAGUCUUGUCUUCCUCUUCUUUGUUACUUAUGGGGACCGCUGAACUUUAGAGACUGCAGCACUUCAGUGUUUUGUUCCAAAAUUUGUGCUAAAACUUGGGGUGGCUUAUCUUACUCCAGUGUUCUGGUUUGUAGAACAGGUUUGCUAGGCUGGUUUCUUUGAAAUUGCUGAAAUCACACAGAAAUUGUUUAUGGUGUAUCACUUCUAGUGUGUUAAUACAGCAUUACGCUGCAUUAUUCAGUGGGAUCUUUGGGAAACGUGCUGAUGAAAUUAAAUAUUUCAUUGAAAAUCCUGCAGCUUGUAGGGCUGAAGUUAAAUGUUCAUCCAAUACCAUGUGGUAGGGUUUCUUUUCGGUAGCAGGUAAAAUUGGAAUUGAUCAUCCUAUUGUUUGCAAUUGUUCUUAACCUUUUAGUUUGAUGUUAGUCAUCCAAGAGCUUUCCUUUCUACUUAAUAUUUAAACAAAUGGAUGUUAUUUCAAAGACUUAUUCUUACAAAAGUAAAUUCAAUUAAAGUUCUCUUCAAGAGCCAAAUUCUGUUUCCACAUCUGUACUGAGUGGUGACCACUGUAUUGAGUAGUUCUCAGUGCAGCUAUUAAUAUAUUUGAACAAAAGAGUUUGAAGAAAUGAUUACUUGAAGUAAAUGAAGGCAUGUUGGAAAGGUCAUUUAAAUACAAACAAAUAAAAUUCAGGAGCUUCAACUGUAACCUCUGCUGAAAUCAGCAUGCUGUGUAUUUAAAAUGAAGCCAUUAGUGAUUCUGCUUGAUAGUAAUCUGAAGUUCCUUGUAAGGCAAACUGCCAUUUACCUCUCUGGUAUUUGAAAUGGAAAACUAGCACUGAUGCUUUUAAAAGACAGUCUGUGAAUAAUUUUCUUGGCUCUUGUCUGCAGUGACAUAUACAAAAACACUGACUGCAUUGCAAUUUUUAAAUAACUGCGUUUCUUCUUCCUCUACUUUUAAGCCAAAUCAGUUUUAUUUACACCACUUCACUUUGAUACAGCUAAUAGGGCCCUUGUGAUAGAUUUAGAAACUGAGUGGAGGAAAGAGAUGACUCUCACUUUAAUUAAUGCUGCAGCUUGUUAAUCUUGUGCUCUUUCCUUUUAGACAUCGUAGCAAAGACAAAUGGUUUUAGUAGAUAAGGAAAACUAUUAACGAUGAAAAGGAUGGAGGGACACUGAUUCUGAUUUUUAAUGAAUAUUUAAAAUUGUAUAAAUGAAGAAAAAAAUUGAAUGCUGUGUUUUUCAUGUGGUGAUCAAAUGACAAGUACUGUUUUUAACUGUUGCUUAUUGGAAGCUACUUUGCAUAUAAUGUCUGGAACUAAAAUUGUAAGGCAAGGGCUUUUCUUGCAGUUCUUACUAGAUCUGCAGUAUUUUUUUUAUUAACAUAAGGUUAUAUUAUACCCAUGGACUAAAAUAUGGACUGCAGGAAGAAUUUCAAUACUGUGCUGGCUUCUGCCUGAAUGUAUCCCAGUACAGGACCGUGGCCUUCAUUUGUCUUUUUAUUCUUUCUUUGAGGGGUUUUGUCAACUUGAAAUGGAGACAUUACUUAAAUGCUUUAAAAGAGGUUGUAUGUUGAAAGCCAGCCUUGUCUUUAAACUUUUGUAAACUGGAAAUCUUCAAAAAUGUAUUCUGUAUUCCUGAAUAAAAUUGGUGUUUUAAUACUGUU